GCUCUUCUACAAAAGUAUUGUCUGCUUCUCGUAAUAGUUACAACUUCUCAAUUUUCGGUACCUCCAUACACAUAGGCGACCGACUUCUUCACCUAACUUCAUCUCUUACCCUGUAUCCUCUCCUUUCGCGACCAUGUCUCGAAGAGCUGGGGCAACCAAUGCUGGUCAAGAAGAGACCACGGUGAAACCGAAAGACAAUAGUCAAGAGAAGCAGGCUAUGCUGUUAGCCCAAGAUGUUGGCCACUUCAGUCUAGUCAAGGCACUGCAUCUGGCUGAUCUGAUCACUGAAAUGAAUGGAUUCUGUGGAUUCAUGUCAAUACUGUCUUCCAUGCGAUACUGCCUUUCCGACCCACAAGACCUGACAAACCUGUGGUUCGCGUUCGGUUUCAUGCCCCUCGGCCUGUUCUUCGACUUCUUCGACGGCAAAGUAGCACGAUGGAGAGAAAAGUCUUCGUUGAUGGGACAAGAACUUGACUCAUUGGCUGAUCUGGUGUCCUUUGGAGUCGCACCUGCCGCCGUAGGCUUCGUGCUCGGCUUCAGAACCAACAUCGACCAGCUCUUUCUCACCUUUUAUGUUCUCUGUGGCUUGACGAGGUUGGCUCGGUUCAACGUGACUGUGGCAAUGCUUCCAAAGGACAAGACGGGAAAAUCACAAUACUUUGAAGGCACGCCCAUACCAUUCGGGUGUCUGACAACGGCAGCGGUUAUGGCUUACUGGACUUCCAUGGGAUGGAUCCACCACUCUAUACCAUUUGGGACCGUUUUGACAGGAACCCCCUUCGAAUUUCACCUUGCAAGCUUUAUGUGGCUCCUCAGCGGAAGUCUCAUGAUAUCGAAGACGCUUCACAUUCCGAAGCCUUGAAAGGAUCGCGGGCCCCAGCAGGGAAAUCCGAAUGGCAUGCAUAUAGAUGGGUGGUAGACUUAUGCAUAGACAAGUAGCAGUGGCAGUGUCGGACUUCAUCCACUCCCUGGAAGUAUACAGCUUCAAGCUUUCAAGCCCCAUA